CUGCACUCAAAAUGCUGAUUCACUCCUACGUACUUGCAAGGAAAGAGUGCAAGGGGGUGUGCUCUUUCUUUUCCUCACUUGAAAGCCUCCUGUCCUGAAAACCAAACUGUGCUGAGAAUCUGCGGAGAGCACAGGAGACAGCCUUUUAUACUUUGACCAUGGCCACACAGACGAACUUCAAAGGACUGCUUUUAGAGUUCUGCCAAAAAAAUGGCAAGCCACUACCUAGGUUUGAAAUACCCGACCAAACAGGACCGCCACAUGAUCGUGUCUUUGUUUGUCAAAUUUUCAUUGAUGAUAUACUGGUCGGAGAAGCUAAAGCCAAGAAGAAGAAGUUAGCAGAGACUGAAGCAUCCAGGGUAGCUUUGCAAGCUCUUGGAAAUCAAGACAUUAUAUGUCAACCAAAUUAUGUUGCUCUACUAAAUCAAUUGUCCCAGAAGAAAAAUCAAGGUUUCAGCUUUGUGCAACUGUCUUGUACAGGACCUUCCCACAAUCUUGAGUUUACCUUCCAUGCCAAAUUUGGAGGCAGGGACUUUCCUCCAACAAGACCUAAAAGAAGUAAAAAACAAGCCGAAAAGGAGGCAGCUUAUCUUGCUUUGCAAGAGCUCAGAAAAGAGUUUCCAAACGACAUUCCGGAGUUGCCUGAAGUUUUCAUAGAUGAGUCUGAAUCUGAAAAUUCUUCUCUGUCUGGAAGCGUCGGUGGUGACAUCAGUGGUAACAGAGGGUUUUCGCAAAAUGGAGUCUCCGAUUCAGCAUCUGCAAAUUUUGAGAAUCAUCAGGACUUUGUCGCAUUACUCAAUCAUUUGUGCCAGAAGCAAAAAUGGACUCUUGACUUUGGGGAUGGUAAACGAACUGGACCACCUCACAAUCCUCAAGUUUCCUGCGCGGUGAAGAUUGGAACUAGAAGCUUUCCAGAAAGUAGUAUGAAAAAGACAAAGAAACUGGCAAAAAAGGAAGCCGCAUUUCUUGCACUACAAAAACUCAAAAACGAGUUUCCACAUGAUAUUCCGAACUUGCCAGACGUUUUCAUAGAUGAUUCAGUUACUGGACCACCUCCUGCCUUGAGUCCUGUCAACAAUGGUUUUAUUCAGCCAUCGUCAGAAAGCGGACUGCAUAGCGGCCAACCCCCUACUUCUGAGUCUCAACGCCGCUUUUCAGGCCUGACCCCUUCCAAUGUUCAGAGGCAUGGAAACCAACCAACAAGUACUGAUUCAGGGGGAGGGUCAUUUGAAUCUUCAAGAAGUGGUGGUUUAAAAAGAUCAGAAAGUCUUGUGGAUCCAAUGGAAGCUUUUGACAGCAUCACAAAACUUGAUAAAGGAGCGUUUGGACAAGUGGUAAAAGCCAGGAAACUCAUCGAAGAGAAAUUCUAUGCUGUGAAAAUAGUACAAGUGCGGGACAAUAAAGUUCUAAGUGAAGUAAAAGCCUUAGCCAGCCUUGAGCAUCAACACAUUGUCCGUUAUUACAAUGCCUGGUUGGGCUCCUCGACUGAAUUUCCUGACAGCAGUGAGAGCAUGAGUACUUCAAGUGACUUUAGUAGAAGAACCGGGACUUGCCUUUAUAUUCAAAUGGAACUGUGUGAAAAUGGGAGCUUAAAAAAAUGGAUUAAGGAGAGGAACUUGAAGAACAAAGUUAAAAAGUUAGAGAUUUUUCCCAUUUUUCGUCAGGUAGUCGAAGGAGUAAAAUACAUCCAUUCCCAAAAAUUUAUCCACAGGGACUUGAAGCCUGGAAAUAUAUUAUUUACUAAAGACAUGAUAGUGAAAAUAGGAGAUUUUGGCCUGGUGACUCGAAUGACUGGUGAGGAAGAGGAGAAAGCACUUGAGCGAACCCGUGGAACUGGUACUCUAACCUAUAUGGCUCCAGAACAGAAAGAUAACAACCAGUAUGAAAAUGAAGUUGACAUAUACCCAUUAGGUUUAAUAUUAUUUGAACUUUUGUGGAUAAUUCACUCUGGUCACGAGAAAGCAAUAUUAUGGCGCGAUUUACAGAAAGGUGAAUUUCCUAGAGAAUUUGAAGAGCAGCACCCCAUGGAGAAAUUUGAGAUCAGCAAAAUGCUGUCAAAUGAUCCUAAGAAACGACCAUCAGCUGAAGAGUUAUCUGAAUCUUUUAAAAACAUGAAAAUACUUGAUUCUCGAACCUGCUAGGCAUGUCCCAUACCAAAUCUUCAUCCCGGCCCCCCUGAUGUUCUCUGCUUCCCGGUCCAGCAAUGACUUUCUGACACAGGGGCAUGUGACUGCUGCAACCAAUCACAAGUCAGAUUCCAGCUCUUAUCAUUCAGAGAACCAUUGCCAAAUAAGAGCUUCUUCCCAAAUGGUUGCUUUUGACAUCAGCUUCCCUUUUUCACUUGGUGUUCAUUUUGAUAAAUUCUCCUGUGUGUCUGAGGCUUGGUAUUGAAAGUUCUUCGGUGUAAAGCCCCAUUCACGCAACUGUAUUUUUCCUCCUUAUCCGAUCUGCAUUUUUUGCGGAACUGAUGCAGACCCAUUCAUUUCAAUGGGUCCGCCAACUUAAACCAACUCACAGCACAGAAUAAUGUUUAAAAAAAAAAAACUAUGGACAUUUUAACUUUUGUAUUUAAUGCUGUAAAUGUGCAAAAGAUUCUUAAAAUACUAGACCUUAUUGUUAGUACUUGGUAGAGGCAAAUGUACAUACAGUGGUACAGUGUGGGUGUUUAAGUUUGUUAAUAUAAUAAAAACUUCCUGAGAACUAAGCUGUAAGUUAAAAAUAAAAACACUCAAAAACUGUGUAUUCAAUAAAGGGUUUCACAGUG